CUCGACAUCGACAUCGCCUCGGAAAACUCGACAACACCGUCAAAAUGCCGAGCCACAAGACGUUCCGUGUCAAGCAGAAGCUGGCCAAGGCCCAGAAGCAGAACCGGCCCAUCCCGCAAUGGAUUCGGCUCCGCACCGGCAACACCAUUAGGUACAACGCCAAGCGGAGGCACUGGCGCAAGACCCGCCUCGGCCUCUAAAUGCCAUCCCUCUUAUUUCCUCGUUCGACCCCAACAAACAAUUUUCGACUCUCCCCACGGCUGCUGCUGUCACUACCCACAUGGCUGCCGGCAAAAACUUUCUGCCCAGCCCACCCAGCCGACGGCUUUUCUUCUUAGCCCUCAGCCAGGCCGAUCGCCAUCACGAGGGAUAGAGGUUGAGCCAUGACAAUAUCAAGUAGGGGGGCGAUUACGAACGGGGAAGCUGGGACGGGAGCAAGGAAGGGUGCAGGCAAUAGAGUGUCCGGGUUGCUCUUUGUCGAGCCAAGUUUUGGCGGUUUGGGAUUUUUGCUUUUCUAGCUCGACUGGGAACUUACUGGGGAAACUCGUUUUCUAACGGAGUAUGCCAUGGCAUUUAAAGGGUCAAGGGGAAAAGGGGAAUGAGAACUGGCAUUUGAUGCCUUGAACGUGACGACUUUCCCACUUUCAGCAUCUGCGUCCCAAGGAACGAGAUGGUUGCCGUAAUCGAUUACAAGCUUGCAUGAACUGAAGGAACAUGCUGAGAGUCUGCGCUUCCAGGCAGGUUCGGCCCUUUGGGUUCUACGCAAUACCUUCUACGCAAUACAUAUUUCUCCGGUGGCCGCUGUCUGAU